AUUCUAACAUCUCGGUUAUUUUUGACAGUUUUCCAUCAAUAUUUUGAAAGAAUCAAAAAAAUAUAACAUGUUCACUAAUUUAUAACAAUUUUUCAUUAUUAUACUCAAAAAGAAAUAUUUAUUUUGGUCGUAAAUAGAAGCAAUUCUUCGAAAUGGCUCGAUAUGAUUUAACGUUGAAUCCGAUGGAAGAAACGAGAUACUUAAAAAAACACCGAGAACUUGCAUUGAGUCUAACCAAACAAGUCCAUUUUAGUUUCGAAGAAGUUGAAGCUCUCCUGAUAAUCUAUUAUAAAAUCCAAAAAUAUGAUACGUAUGAUCCUAAAGGUAUCACAAGAGAUGUUUUGAUGGAGAUAUUUCACUGUUGCUUGGAUAUGACAGACAUGGAAAAAGUUAUAAGAAUAAUAACAUGCUUGGAUGAAAAGGCUCGAGACGUUUAUAUUUCAAAAGAACUUUGGGUGACUUUAUUGUCUUUGUUUUUACGAGGCACUUUAGAAGAGAAAAUGGCAUUUUGUUUUAAGGUGUAUGAUUAUACAGGAAAUGGAAUGCUUAUGAAAGAAAACUUGUUCAAACUAAUGGUGGGUUCCUUAAAAAGUAAUAUCAGCGAAAUGGAUGCUGAAGAAGCUGUAAAAGAUAUGGUAGAAGUUAUUCUGAAAAGGAUGGAUGCAGACAGAGACGGCAAAAUUUCUUUUAACGACUAUAGACAUAAUGUAUUAAGACAACCAGCUUUGUUGGAGUUUUUAGGUCAAUGUCUUCCGGACCGACAUACUGUCCAUAAAUUUUUGUGUACAUUUACCGGAAACACUAAAAUAAGAUUCUAUAAACUGAAGCUUGGCACAAGUAUUAUGUAAAAUUCAUUAAAUUUUUUUGGUUAAA